GCUUUCCUUCUCGACUGCCACUGUACCUCUGCUGUGCACCAGAGUGCCACAAACCCAGGGCAGUGUCCAGCCUGGGACAGUCACCCUGCUGCUGUGAUGCCUGUGGAGCUGCACACUGGCCCUGGGACAUCCUGGUCACCAGGAUCCUCUAGUUAUUAUUGGAAUGUAACUGUAGAGAAAAAUGUUCAUUUCUAGCAACUCGGUUCUGGACUUUUAAUCAAACUUGGAUUUCUGGAAAUACUACAUGACUUCAGCUGGGAAUGAGACAGAAAGAUGGACUCACAGGCAAGGUGGCAGAACUGGGAAGCUGGUAGAGCCUGUGACCUCUUCUGAAAAUGAUCCUCUUUUGUCAGGCAAGUCAGUCAGCAUCAUGGACCAUCUCUUGCACCUCCCUGGAAGGGCAGACUCUGCUUACAGCUCUUUCUCGGGGGGAUCAAAUGUUCCAGAGUACCCCACACCAUCGUGCUAUGGUGAAUAUUUCUGUGUGCCUCCAGAGCAGGUCCCAUACAUGGACACAGAAUACAUAACAGGAAUUUAUAAUCUCAGAGCUGCACACUCUGACCUCAGGUCCACCCAGCCAUACAAGGCACCAGACCUGGGUACCCACAACAGCUCUCAUAGCACCGGUCUCACAGAUCACUGUGGAAUUACUCUUACCCAGAGGACUUCAAAUCAGGAACCUCCAUCCCUGGCAGCACCUCCACUGUCCCCUCCCAGGCAGCUCAACAGCUAUAACAUCACUGACAGACACUUGGAGAAGUCAAGAGAGAGAAGAGGCUCUGAAGGGCACGCUGAGUGUAGUAUGCAGCCAGCUCCUGGUGUGCAGGACAGCCAGCCAGCAGAGAGGGAUGUACCAUGGAACCAACACUGGGGUGCAGUUACAGAGCAAGAUGUAGAGCUGGAUAGGGAAAAGACUCUGGAAAACAAGGGCCUUUCUUCUGAUUUUACAAAUGAGGUGUCAAAAGUUCAGGCACUAAAGAGAGAGGAAAAUGGAGAGCAGAGCCCAUCACAGCAACCUACAAAGAGAAGCAAUCCACACAUUUUCAGCAGACCUUCUUCAUUCAUUUUUCAAGAAUAUUUAAAGACAGACUCUGUGGUGAAUGUCUCCAAAAUACUUUCUGCUUAUAAUUCAGGUCAUGCUAAUAAAAUUCCCAAAGAGUUGAACUCCAAAUCCUAUCAGCAAACACAUUCCAACCCCAAUGCUGUUAAUGAUACACAGGAAGUCAAACAGUGUCCCAGGGCUGUGCGUAAGCCAAGUGCCAGAGAAGCAGCACUGCCAAGCACUGUGCCAGGGCCCAGCCAGAGGAAAAAGUCUUUGCCCUGUGCUCAGGGCCCACUCCAUGCUGAGUGGCAUUCAGACAUGGAUCAGGAUGUGUUUGAGGACAGUUCAGAAUUAAAAUAUAUGGAGAAUGCUCUUCUAAAUAAAAAUGCUCCUAGGAAGCCAAACAGUUAUGCAGACAAAAAUCAGUGCUAUGAUCCUGAAGGAAAAAUUAUGAGCAAUAUUAUCCCAAACCAGCAAAACAAAGUGCAGAGAUCACCACUGUCCUGCAACUGCAAUGUUAUGGAAGUGCAGCAGCCUCAGUGUGAGGAGUUGGAUCAGGGAAGGAAGCAGUGUUGUGAUGGCACAAGACAAAUGGCUUUUUCCAGACCAAAGGAAAAUUCCUCAUCUCAGUCAUUCCGUGAAGUCCAGAAAGAAAACCAGGGUAACAACAGCAGUCCUGACCUCAGCACAUGUCUGGGACAAGAAGAACCUCCUGUUCAGAAACACCAGCCUGUAUUUCAAACACAGCUCUCAAGAAAACUUCAGGAGGACCAUGCUCAUGAACAAAUAACCAGGCAGGCAACUCCCAUGCUUUACUAUCUUUCUGCAGGAAAAAGCACCCAUGUCCAGCACUCCAACAAGGACUCAAGGAGCUCACCAAAGGAAAUUCCAUCAAGCAGCUGUGCUGCCUCAGCACAGGGUCUAGAGAUACAAAGUGAAGGCCAUCAGCUUCAGAGGAGCAGCCACCACCAUCAGUGCAGUGCUUCUGAUCUCCUGCUCCAGGACAAAGAUCUCAUUUUUAGGAGUCCUGCCUCAUUCCCAGAAGAGAAUUUCCAGAAUGACUAUAUAGAGAGACUUAAAGUGGCUCAGAAAAAGGUUCUCAAAGAAACCUCCUUUAAAAGAAAAGACUUACAGAUGAGUUUGCCUGUCAGACUGAGACAGAAAUCCUCUAAAAGGCCAUCAGUUGAACACCUUCGGUCUUUCUCAUUAUCUAGUGCAAGUGAGGAUGCCAAACCUGUUCCUUGCUCCCCUUCUCAUCUAGAAUCUUUGGAAAGUUUCAACAGAAACAAAGAAAUAAGGAGGCCACAAAAAGGUCAAGCAGGGGGAAGGAAAAGGGUAACCCAAGAGCAAAAGAAGCUGUGCUACUCUGAGCCUGAGAAACUCAACCACUUAAUGGAUAAGGAAGUGUCAUGGAGUCGAGUUAGGGAUGAAAUCACUGCACAAGAUGCAGUGGCAUCCAGGAGAAGGGACCUGGAGAACAGAGGAAGGGCAUUUUCCAGUUCAAGUGUCUCCAGGACAGAGCUGAAACAAAUACAGAGCAGUGCACUAAUUAAAUACAUGGAACAGAAACUCAGUCAAAGACCAGGUGGUUCACAACACCUCCCACUGCAUCAGCCACCUCUUCAGAAGAGGCUGCCAAAUCCUAAAGAGCCUCCUGGCCACAUUUCCAACCUAAAUGGAAGCAGGAAAAUGCAAAAUUAUGAGGUUUUCUGCCAACUUGUCUCUGAUCAAAAAUCACCAGAUGUUUUUCCUCCUUUUCCUUUUGCUCCCCCACCCAACAUGACCAGCAGGUGCAAUCCCAACAAAGGGGGUGGGAGCUGCACCAGCAAGUGUCCAUCAGCUGAAAGUCUCCAACAGGCAGGUGGUUCUGCACCUGGGAGAGCUCCUGAGAGACCAAAAUGCACUCCUCCUUCCACACAGGACACGAGCAGAUGCUCCAGAGGUGCAGCAGCCCCGUUCCAGCGCUGUGGGAGCUGCCCCGGCACCUCCAGUUUCUGUGAUCCUGAGAAGGAUGGACCCCAGAAUCAUGAACACAGUGACAUAACUGUGUGUGUGCAUGGUCAGGAUAAAAAGGAGCAGACUCCUGAAACCUCUGUUCCUGACCCAAGAAGUGGAAGCAAGGAGAGCACUGGAGAGGAGGAGGAAUGCAGAACUCAGUCUCUGAGUGGGAAUGCUGCACUCGAGCUCCCAGAGCAGCAGCAGCCUGCAGCUUCUCCAGAACAGGGAAUAAUGCAUCUCCACACAGCAUCGGCUCAGCCUCACCAAGGAGACAAAAAUCCAGGUUUCCUUGCCCAGGAAACAACCAUGCACAGCAACCACGAUGAUGUUCCCCUGGAGAGAGAGACACACCUGCCCAAAAGGAGGCUGCAAUCUUCUCAGGACCAGCGAUACCAGGAGCUUGCUUUGGAGAUCAUUGCCAAAGACAGUUCUCUGGUGAACAUUCUCAUACCUCAUCCUCUUAGAAAAACUGGUUUGGACCUGAUGGAGGGCUUAUUUCCUGUUAACAUUUCCAUGCUGGAUAAAUCACAAAGGAAAAAGGGAAAAGUACAGCAUAUGCAGAAAAAUGAUAGCAGGAAAAGCCACGGAGAUGGACCAGAAGAAUGUCCAAAAUCUGAACAUGAAACCAAGAAAAGGAACAAAGAUCCUGCCUCUAUGGGAAACCAAGUCCUGAAGAGCAAUAGGGACAACACAAACGAGCUAGAUGACAUCACAUCUAAGAAACUGGAACUCAUGGCCACUCUCCAAUCCAGGCUGCAGGCACUGUGGGAGGAGCAGGAGCUGGUUCUCUUGGAAGUCAGGGAAUGUUCCAAGUGGGGUGAGAAGCUGGAGGUCAUGGUACAGGACCUCUGCAAGCCAAAUGAAUUUGGCCGCUACAUGAUGUUCAUUGGGGACCUGGAGAAGGUGGUGAGCCUCUUGCUGUGCUUGUCCAGCCGCCUCACCCGAGUCCAGGAUGCCAUGAGCAGGGUGGAUGGUAACACAGAGGCUGAGGAGAAGCAAUCGCUGAUUGAACGGCACAAGCUCUUGUCUCAACAGUGGGAAGAUGCAAAGGACCUGAAGGAGAAUCUGGAUCGGAGAGAACGUGUGGUCUCUGGAAUCCUUGCCAAAUACCUAACAGAGCAGCAGCUCCAGGACUAUCAACACUUUGUUCAAGUCAAGACCUCCUUGCUGAUUGAACAGAAGGACCUCGAAGAGCAGAUUAAAUUUUUCCAAGAACAAUUAGAAAAUCUGGAGCAAAGCAUCCCCAUCUAACACCCACCACCAGGCCAGACAUUUUUAUAUGUUAUAUGUGAUGUUUCCCUGGAAAUCCACAGGCCCUCUCAUCACAGGGCUCAGUUUGGUGAAUUCUAAUCCUGUUUGUGCCACAGCACUGGCAAGUGUUUAGAUGCUCUGGGAUGCUCUAGGCACACUGUGGUCACGCCCUCCACUUGGACAAUGAUAUGACAGCAUCUCACAAUGUGCAGCAAACUGCCUUCUGGACAUGACUGAUAGGAUUCAUUGCUCCUAUUAACUGAAUGUGCACUUCCCCUUCUUGUCUGUCCAUCUGUUUCCAGAUUGAUAUCAUCUCAAUGAAAGAACCACACAAAUAUUUACCUCUUGUGGGUGGGUCGAGUGUUUGAAAUGAAAAAUUUUGUGGGUGUUCAGAUGUGAACUGAUGAUUGCACAAAGCCAUAGGAAAUGUUAUGAACCAUUUCAGUGAAACUCCUGCACUUGUUUCUUUCUGUUUAUGUGUGUGACACAGUAAAAAUACACUGUAAUGAAAGAAAAUAAUUAUUUCCUUUCUUUUCUUGCUUUCUUACCCUUUCAUGGUCACCAUUCAUGAGUCUUUCCUGGCCUCUGAAUGUACAAACUGAAGCCAAGAAAUAGUUUAAGCACAUGCUUUUGAAUCCUAUUGCCUUUUGCUGAAAGUUUGGUAGUUAGAGCACUACUUCCAUCCCCAUACCAACAUGCAGCAGCUAUUUCCCAGCUUCAGCUCAUGCAGCGUAGAAGGCAAGAUGGCCAGAAAUGCAGAGCAUUUUCAUUUUACAACACUGUGAUCCCACACUGCUCCACACAAUUUUUUUUUGACCCUUUACCAUCAGAAGACAAAUUUAAGAUUUGAACUCUCAACAGCAGUAACUGGUGGUCUUCUUGGGGGAGCAGACCCACAGGGAUUAUGGAACUAAAAUCCUGUGCAGUGCUUGUAUAUAAUUACUGCUCAUACCAUUACUCACCAGCCUUCCAUUUGUGACUUUGGCAGCAGUGACACUGAGUUACCUCUGACCAGAGCCCUGGGAAAGUAUCAGCUUCCAGAGCCUUCUGCACCGUGGAAACUCCCCCAUGCUGAACACUUCUUUUGUAAACGGAGUCAGGUUGUGUGAGUUGGAAAAAUGCAAGGAAUGAAGAAAGUGCCUGGUACCUGACCCUCUGGGAGAGCAGGCAGGAAAUCCCACUACCACCCAGCCUUGGGAGUCUCCUAUUGCUGCCUUGCCAGUCUGAUUCUUUCACAGGUAAAACAUAAUGUGAGCCCAGCUCCAUGGAGAAUUGUAAUCAGAGCCUUGUGGGGAGCUGUUUCUAUGAAUUAAUGACAGCUGCAUCCAGGAGAGUGCAGAACAGCAGUACUGAGAAGGAAGAGGUGAAAGAAGCAAAACACAAGCACCCAGAUCUCCCUGUGGGUGCCGGAGGGGGGAAGCUGGUGGGAUUCCAGGAACGAUCUCUGCAUCUCACUUGGCCACCCACACACCAGUGGCGUGGGGGGAGACUCUGCAAUAGCUUCUGUUGUGGUAGGCAGAAGCAGGGGCGCCUGAUUUUUGGAUAAAAAGAUAGCUUGCAUUGCUGGAGGCAGAGCAUGAGCCUGUGGUGCAGGUGUGGGAGCAUCCUGCCCAUCUGACAGCGGUGUCCUGGCAGCAACUGAGAGAUUUUUGACACAGUAGCUCCUUUAGAACCUCAUUUAACAUCCACUGAAAUGUGUGGGAGUCACUGCUGGACCAGGAGCUGCUGUUUCAGCCUUUUAGGGACUAAAUUGAAGAAUUUAAGUUAUUUUGUUUUAAACACCAGCCUCAUUUUCUUCACUGGGGUGUUACGCUGGGGGACUUUUGCAUGUGGAACUAAUUAAGGAACGGAGCCGCAGUUAAUGCAAAUGUACUCUGAAAAAAGAUAUUAUUUGGUGCCUGUGAGAACUGUAUUUAAUAAAUAGGAUGUUCUCUCUGCUUUGAGAAUUCAUGGCAACUAUCUGAAUAUUUUUUUUUAAAAUAAACUCAGAGCAGCAUUGCAAAACUAAUCUUCUGUGCCUGGAGGGAACCCCCAUAGACAUUAAAGAAUAAUCAGCCUGUAGGAAUCAUGCAACCUCUGGGGUUCACAAAAGACUCUCAAGAAGCAGCAUUUGAAUUUCACUGCUAAAUGAAGAGAGGCAUUAAAGGUUAUCAGAGACUCUAAAAUACCACAUAAGCCUUGAAGCUGAGUCAUCUCAUAGAUAAAUCCACAGAGAGAGAAUAUGGGCAGCACUGAUAGUCUUGAUUUAGAGAAUAAGAGAAAUUUCUAAAAAUAUGAAUAAAGACCCAGAAGUCUUUCUAAUGGGCUCAGCCCAUGGUGGAAAAGCAAGAACAUGCCAAACUACCUCAAAAGGGUACCACUUGUGAAACACUUUCUCCAGAGAGCCCUGCUCUGUGACAGCUCCUGAUGGAAUGGCUGGUGCCUCCAAGACCCCUUUCUGGGUUUCAGCUGUUCCCUGCUCAGCACAGGGUCAGUGUCACCUGAUGUCACAGUGUCUGCUUGGAGAGGUCUGGUCUAGAGCUGAUCCCAGCCUAGAGCGAAGCUGUAGUUCCUUGUUGCAAAGGGUAAAACUACUAUGGGAGAGUGGUGGAAGAAAAUACAGCACAAAAGUCAUGCUAAGAAAGUCUGUCUGUACCACUGCAGUUUGUUAUUGUGACCAUAUUGGUGAAUCUUACUGGUAUGACCAUCUGCCUCAUGCAGGAGCCUGUGGGUGAGGACACAGAGAAGACCUGGCCCCUCAAUAGCAUGACCUCACAUCAAGGGCUUAUGCAUUUGGGUAUCGGGUUCUAUUCAGUGGAAAUGAACAUUAUCUGGUUUGUGUCAGGUGUGACUGGUGCUUGCUGUGCUUCUCAGCAGGUGUCUCUAAGCUUGUCUGGAGGGUCUCAAGGUGAUGGGGAUGAUUUUCCUCUUGGGAAAUGGUUUGGGUUUGGCUAAGAACUUAUGCUUUCAGGUGAAGGAACGGAGUGAUGCUCUGCCUGGGACAAACAAAGAGGAGAAGUUCUACUGAAAAAGGGAAAGCUGAACACUGCCAGCAUAAUUUUUAUUGUGCACAUCUCUUUUUUGUUCACAGAAAGGGAAGAUGUACUAAAGCUAUGCUAAUAUAAACAAUAUAGAUCUAUUUUGCUUGCUUCUGGGUUACACAGUAUAAUGGCUCCAUGUGCUUAAUGACUUAUAAAUUACUGAAAUAAACCUUGAAACUAGAAUAGAAA